AGCUAUUUUUGGCUAAAUUCAAUGUUCCUCUGGAGAAAAGUUUUAAAAGUUUAGUAUUGGUAAACGGUUCUCGAUUGAAAAUCGCUGGUGAAGUUAUUGUUUCGGUUGAUUUUCGGAAUAAGAAGGCAAAAUUGAAACUUUUGGUUUUAGAUUGUGAUUAUGAUUUUGUUCCUUUAUUUGGGAGAACUUGGUUGGAUGUUUUCUUUCCCAACUGGCGUAAUAGUUUUGAAAAACAAGUAACUGGAAACAGAAUAAUUGAACACAAGAACAACGACUUAAUGAUUUAUGUCACGACUAAAUUGUCUGAUGUUUUCAUUAAAGAUUUUUUGACUCCUAUUAAAGGUAAUGAAGCCGAAUUGGUUUUAAAAAUUGACACACCUAUUUAUAGGAAAGCAUUUGACGUUCCCAAUACAAUAAGGGAUAAUAGUGCUGAUAUUUGUUUGCGAUUCCCAUUGGAGCAGUCAGUUGCUGAUUUGAAAAAGAUUGUUAGUGCUUGUGAUGCUUCUGCUGUUAUGGCAGAGCAACCAAAACAGUUGAAUAAUUUGAAAUGUACUCCUUCCACAACACUUUUUGAUAGAAUACACCAAGAAUAUUUCUACUAUAAGCAUCACGUUUGUUUAUUGAACGCUGAUGGCUUUUCAAAGUGGAUGGAAGUUGAACGGAGGAAAAAUAAAAAUGAAUGUGAAGAAUUGAUAAAAAUACUGUUAGCAUAUUUGGCUAAAUUUGGGUUUCCAGACAGAAUGUCAGGUAAUGGUCCUCUAUUAAAUCCUCAUGAUUUCAAGAAUUUUUUUGAGAGGCAAGGAAUAUGGGUUUUGGACAGUCACCCAUAUAAUCCUGCUAUGAAUGGCAAGGGGAAGAGACUAGUUCGUAUGGUUAAAGAUGUAAUGAGAAUGUUUCUACAUGACCCAGGAUACUUAAAGGCAAAACUGGAGGAUCUAAUUGGACUAUUUUCAAGAAAUUUUAAAUAUAAUGUGACGAUGGAAGGAUUUAUUUCUUCUCGGAAAGUUUUAAGCUAUAAUCUUAAAUUGUUAAUCUAUAUGGUUAACCUAAUGCGACACAUAAACGAUAGAAAUGUACCAUUAUUUACCUGUGAUAACGGUAGUGAUGAAACAACCACUAGAUCUUACAACGUUAUUGGUAAAAAGCUAAGUAAAGAUGUUUUGGACAGUCUGAUGGCGGGUGACGCAUUAUGAUAACGAUUGGAAAAGGAAAAACAACCACGGCGCACCGAUGCCAAAUGAAGGUCGUUGGCGAUGAGGGCAUACGGAGACGUCGAUCGAUGGUGGCAUAUGUCGAUCCCGAUGUCGAUGAUCCCGAUCCAUUCCCACCACGAGGAACGUGUUACGACGAGGAGUUUUCCCGGGGAUUCUCUGGAUGCGAAUUGUGGAGGUUCGAGUCGUCGGUUAAGCCGCAUCGGAAAAGAACAAAUGAUUCGAAUUUGGCGCUCGAUGGCUUGCCAAGGCAUUCGAAAAUAGUGAGUAGAUAUAAUCGCAGGAGUGGAUUUAGUCAAUAUGUUUAUUAUGUUACUUCCUUCAUUCUAUAUUUAUCCAUAAUGGAUAUUCGAAUAACUGUAAAAAGGGAAGGAUUGAUAUAUACCUUCGAAUGAGUAUUUUUUAUUAUAUGUGUAAUCGCUAUAAAUAUUAUGGUAGCGCUUGGCGAAUGUCAAGCGCUCUCGAAUAAACGAGCCGGCGAC